GACGUCGCGGCGGGGCCGGCGGAGCUGCGGAGCGGCGGAGGUGCGGGGCCAUGCAUCCCCCGGACAGCGGCCCCUCGGCCUCCCCCGGCCCCGCCGCCGUCCCUCCGGCGGGAGCCGAGCUGCUGCGGUGGCAGUGGCAGGAGGUGCAGGUGCCGUGCCUGGUGGCCGCCUGGAUCCUGGUGGCCAGCUUGGCCAAGAUCGUGUUCCACCUGUCCAGAAAGGUGACGUCCGUCGUGCCGGAGAGCUGCCUCCUCAUCCUGCUGGGGCUGGGCCUGGGCGGCAUCGUGUUGGCCGUGGCCAAGAAACCCAAGUACCAGCUGGAGCCCAACAUGUUCUUCCUCUUCCUCCUGCCCCCCAUCGUCCUGGACUCAGGCUACUUCAUGCCCAGCCGCUUGUUCUUUGACAACAUUGGUGCCAUCCUCACCUACGCGGUUGUGGGCACACUCUGGAACUCCUUCACCACCGGCACUGCGCUCUGGGGCCUGCACCAGGCCGGGCUGAUGGAUCCGGGCGUGGAAGCCGGGCUGAUGGAUUUCCUGCUCUUCGGAAGCCUCAUCUCAGCUGUGGACCCUGUGGCAGUGUUGGCCGUUUUUGAAGAGGUCCAUGUAAACGAGACCCUCUUCAUCAUUGUGUUUGGCGAGUCCCUCCUGAAUGAUGCUGUCACUGUGGUGCUGUACAAGGUCUUCAACUCUUUUGUGGAGCUGGGCCCAGCACACAUCCAUGCCACGGACUACAUGAAGGGGGUAGCCUCCUUCUUCCUGGUGAGUCUGGGGGGCACAGCUGUGGGGCUGCUCUUCGCCUUCCUUCUGGCCCUCAUCACGCGGUUCACCAAGCGCGUGCGCAUCAUCGAGCCGCUCUUCGUCUUCCUCCUGGCCUAUGUUGCCUACCUGGCUGCUGAGAUGGUCUCGCUCUCCGCCAUCCUGGCAGUCACCUUCUGCGGGAUCUGCUGCAAGAAGUAUGUGGAAGCCAACAUCUCCCAGAAAUCCCGCACCACGGUCAAGUACACCAUGAAGACGCUGGCCAGCAGCUCAGAGACCAUCAUCUUCAUGUUUCUGGGCAUGUCAGCUGUGGACACUUCCAAGUGGACAUGGGACACCGCGCUGGUGCUGGGCACCCUGAUCUUCAUCCUGCUCUUCAGAGCUGUGGGUGUUGUCCUCCAGACCUAUGUCCUCAAUCGCUUCCGCCUCAUCCCUCUGGACAGGAUUGACCAGGUGGUCAUGUCGUACGGUGGCCUCCGCGGAGCCGUCGCUUUUGCCCUGGUCAUCCUGCUGGAUGAGGCGAAGGUGAAAGCCAAGGACUACUUUGUGGCAACGACUAUUGUGGUGGUGUUCUUCACUGUCAUCGUGCAGGGCCUCACCAUCAAACCACUGGUGACGUGGCUGAAGGUGAAGCGCAGCGACCACCACAAGCCCACGCUGAAUGAGGAGCUACACGAGCACGCCUUUGACCACAUCCUGGCAGCAGUGGAGGACAUCGUGGGACACCACGGCUACCACUACUGGCGGGACAAAAUCACAACAGGAAAAGCGUGCAGAGAACCUGUUUCCUGGAGGGAAGCUCCGUCUGGGCAGCUGCACCAGCUCCAGCCCUGCGCCCAUCACUGGUGGGAGCAGUUUGACAAAAAGUACCUGAGCCAGCUCCUGAUGAGGAAAUCUGCCUACAAGAUACGGGACGAGAUCUGGGAUGUCUACUACAAGCUGAACAUCCGUGACGCCAUCAGCUUUGUGGAUCAGGGUGGCCACGUGCUGUCAGCUGCCAAGCUGGCACUGCCCUCCAUGCCCAGCCGCACGUCCAUGUCAGAGUCGUCAGUCACAAACCUGCUGAGGGAGAGCGGGAGCGGCGCGUGCCUGGACCUGCAGGUGAUUGACACAGUGCGGAGCCGGCGGGACAAGGAGGACGCGGCCAUGCACCACGUGCUGCGCGGGAGCCUCUACAAGCCCCGGCGGCGGUACAAGGCCAGCUACAGCCGUCACUUCAUCUCUCCAGAUAAACAAGAGCGCCAAGAUAAAGAAAUCUUCCGGCAGAACAUGAAGAGACGCCUGGAGACCUUCAAGUCCACCAAGCACAAUGUCUGCUCCUCCAAGAGCAAAGCCAGGCUGAAGGAAAAGGGCAGGAAGAAGAAGAACAUCUCUCUGCCGAGCGAUGCACCCAAUGGGAGGACGCACAGAAACGUCCCCUGGCAGGAGGCGGCUCCCGUGCUGGUGAUGGUCAGCUCUGGCGAGGAGGAGAGUGAUAGCUCGGAGACGGAGAGAGAGGAUGAUGAAGGGAUCGUGUUCAUCGCUCGUGCCACCGAUGAGGUCCUGCAGGGAAAGGCAACCCAGGGCAGCCUAGAUGUGUGCCCCAGCCCCUGCAUCAUCCCGCCAUCACCCACCUUGGCAGAGAAGGAGCUGCCAUGGAAAGGAGACCAGGCUGACCUGGCUGUUUACGUCUCCUCGGAGACCACCAAAAUCGUGCCGGUGGAUAUGCAGAAAGCAUGGAACCAAAGCAUCUCCUCCCUGGAGAGCAUUGCCUCGCCGCCAGGCAUCGAGACGGGAGCACAGCACAGGAGGUUCGCCCACCCCAUGCUGGAGAAGCAGCCGCAGUCGGCGAGCCAGGCGACGCCGGAGCAGGUCUCACGUUUCCAGUUCCCCAGCCACGUGUCCAAGAGCAGCAGGUCGAAGAGUGACAGCAGCCCCGAGGGUGCAGAGCAGCAGGAGCUGCAGCCCCUGAUGGGGACGGAGGAGCAGGGCAGGGGGCUGCCCCCCGCCGAGCACCGGCGGCUCGCAUUCAGCAGAGCCAGCCACAUCUGAAACGCACGGCGUGCGGGGCAGACUGCUCCGUCGUCGUGCUUCGUGAAGCUUCUGCGUGUCUCCUCCAACUCCAGGAGCACCCAGAGAGCUUUGGGGCUUUGCUCGUGCUGAUGCAAGGCUGGUAGAUAGAUGGGAAGUGAUGCUGCGAGAGCAGGCACCAGACCCAUCCACCCAGGGGGCACAGACCCCAGAUCUGGCUCUCUCUUCCUCUCUGGUCUUCGUCUCCCGUAUGACAGCGCUGGGAGGCCAGAGGUGUUCCUCCCAGUGGUGGUCUGGAUGCCACUGUGGCUGUGCCACUGUGAGGUUUGGGGUUCUGGCUGACAGGCUGCUCCAGCUUGACCCUCCAGUCUCUGCAGGAGGCUGCUGCACAACAGUCCACCCACACCCGGCCACCUGGCCUUUGGCUUCCAGGAACCCGGCUGCUCAGAGCACGCAUGGACCUCAGCUGGGAGAGCAAAGACUGGCCCCUUUCUGGCAGCUCUGUCCCUGGGUUCUGGAGGCACUGCAGAAGCAAAGCCAUGACUUUCUCAGGACUGAGGUUUGGCUCCGCCGGGAGCCAGGCUGCAUACGCACAGGGACUCUUCUGGCACUCGUUUGGCUGUGCCAGCCCCACGCUGCUCGUCCGGGUGCGCUCCCCAUGGCUGCAGCAUUCUGUUUUCUGGCUUUGCUAGGAGACAGCAGCCCUGCAUGGCACCCUUCAUCCUGCCUGCAUCCCAGUCCCUCUAGUUGCCUGGGGCUCGUCAGCUGGGAGGGCACAAAGGGGAGCAGCAGGGCUGAAUGUAAAGCAGGAGCAGGGGAGAUGGGUGAGAGCUGGGUGCAUCUGCAAAGCCCUGUCCCCGGCACCUGCCCCCCAGGCACUCCAGAGCCCUCCUGAGAGGGACCCCAAGAUCUUGCUCCCCAAGAUCUGCUCAGAGCUCAGUGUAGCUGGGUGCAGGAGACCCCUGGAGGGGGGAUGCUCCUCUCUGGGCUGAUAACACCCAACAGCAAGCACAUGGCUGCCCAUUGCAGCUACCCGGGGUUCUGGGUCUACAGGUGUCAAGGGAUGUCUCAGUGCACUGGGUGAGCGAGCCCAACACGGGGCAGGCAAGGCGGUGGCACCCGGUACUGCUAGCAAGGCUGUUCUGCUCUGUACCUGCCCUUGCCAACUGGAGCAUGAGGUUUUUAAAAGGUUUUUAUAUAGUUUUGCAUUUCUUGUAUGCCUUAUUCCAGUUUUGAUUUCUGAUAUCGGGCCAUACUAAAUCUCUAGCUGGGUCAGUGUUUUCCGUAGCCAUGGGCACCACAAACAACUCCAGACUUAGUAUCUUAUUUGCAAGAAUAUUGUUUUAAUGUGAAAAUACAUGCAGAGUAUUUUGUAAUGUUCAAUAAAUCAGAGUUGGACCAGG